AUGGAAGCCGCUAUAAACAAGGAGACGAAGAAUUGUCUCGUUUGCAAGAAGGCCAAGGUACAUGGAGGCAAGCAAGACUACGGAUUAUUGCCACCUCGGACACUCAAAACAUUGAACCCUUUCGACUCGGUUCACGUUGAUUUAAUUGGUCCCUACGAGGAUGGAUAUUAUGGCAUCACUAUGGUCGAUCACGCCACGCGUUGGCUGGAAGUGGGUAUCCAGCCUGAUAAAAGUUCUCUGACCACAGCCGAGAGCUUCGAUCGUGAAUGGCUUUGCAGAUACCCGCGUCCAGUAAAAGUCAUCCAUGACCAAGGGACGGAGUUUACGGGUGAAGAGUUUCAGGAGAUGCUGCGCAGCUACGGAAUUCAGUCCAAGCCCAUCACAAGCAAGAACCCACAAGCAAAUGCGAUAUGUGAGCGCGUGCAUUUGGAGAUUUUGAAUGUCAUCCGUUGCUACGAUGGCAUUGACUGGAAAAAGACCAUACACUACGCUGCGUUCGCCGUGAGAGCAAGCUACCACAGCAUUCUCAAUGCUUCGCCAGGUCAGCUUCUCUUCGGACAAGACAUGAUCACUCGCCAGCUUUACAAUGCUAACUGGAGCUACCUAUCCAAGCGCCGUUUCGAUGCAAUCCUCGCUGACAACGACCGCGAAAACAGCAAACGCCUUGAGCAUUUUUACCAUGCAGGCGAUCACGUGAUGCUGCGGAUUCCCAAGCAAUUUCGUGCAAAGCUUUACGCCGUGGCACACGGACCGUUCCUAAUACGUGCAGUUCAUGACAACGGAACUGUCACUAUAGACAAGGGUAAACGACCAGAGCGUGAGCAUCCGCCGCAUUUUUCCAUGCUGAUUCUCACAGAUCAUGGGGGGAGUAUGACACAGGUGGUAUCGUGA